AUGUUGAGGACGACGCGCGCGCGCCGCCUGCCCGCCGUACGUGCGCUCUGUGUCCGCAAGAGCAGCAGCAGCAGUAGUACUGCUAGCAGUAAAAUCGACCGCCUACCUCGCUUAUCCGAUCUGGUGCUCAUUCGCCACGGUGAGAGCGAGGGCAAUGUGGCUCGCCAGCGGUCCCUGGCCGGGGACCACAGUCUCUUCGCUGGUGAAUUCAAGCACCGUCACAGCUCCAAUUGGCGGCUCACGGAUCGAGGUCGACGGCAGGCCGCAGCCGCUGGAGACUGGCUCAAGCGCAACAACUUGGCACACUUCGACCGUUACCUCGUAUCUGAGUAUCUACGCGCAAUGGAGACGGCAGGCCGCAUGGGACUGCCCGGUGCGCGUUGGUACGCCGAGAUGCUCAUUCGUGAGCGCGACUGGGGCGCCAUGGACCUCAUGAGCGAGCAGGAGCGCUUCAUCAAGAUGCAGGAUGAGCUCAAGCGGCGAGAGCUCAACCGCUUUUACUACGCACCACCUGGAGGCGAAUCAUUGGCCGCUGUCGCGCAACGUGCCGACCGCUUGCUCGGUAUUCUGAACCACGAAUGUCAUGGGAAAAGAGCUAUUGUUGUGGCUCAUGGUGAAGUGAUCUGGGCGAUGCGCACAAGACUCGAGAGGAUGUCACAAGAUACGUUUAUUGAGUUGCAGGAGUCAGGCCGCAUGGUGGAUCAGAUCCACAAUGGCCACAUAUUGCAUUACACCAGGAAAGACCCGCUGACCGGGAAAAUGGCGCCGUACUUCACGCAUGUGCGCUCGGUGUGUCCCUGGAACGAGAAACUCAGUCCCAAAGGAUGGAUGAAGAUCGACCGACCAGUAUACGACAACGAGUUGCUACUAGCUACAGCGGAGCGUGUUCCCCGUAUGAUUAUUUCAGAAGAGUAUCUUGAGAAGACGUAUAAUGGAGCAAAGACGUUGUCGGAGGGAGAGGUGACCCCCGACGAAGAGCAUCAUACGCCGCUUUUGAUUCCCGGAAAACCCAUGUUGAACCUGAAAAAGGUGGUUGUGGUAAAGAAGAUGUCUCGAUUCCAGCACGAAGCAGAGCUGUACGGCAAUACCGGUGAAGCUUUGAGGAAGCAGAUGUCCAUGCGAGGAUUUGUUCAUGACCGCUUGAAGGCGAGUCAUGAACAUCACAUCGAGGCUGUGGACGAGAUUACCAGCAGUUUUAAGGAACGUGAUAUCGAAGUGAAGGUCGUCUCUGCCAACCAACUAACACAUGAAGCUGUGGAGGGCACGGACAUGAUUUUUUCUGCUGGUGGUGAUGGGACUUUUCUGAAGACCGCAAGUUUCGUAAACACGCCAAUCCCUGUAGCAGGCUUGAACACAGAUCCAAAACGAAGUGAAGGAAAUCUGUGCUGCUACAAGGUGGACAACGUUACGCACCGGUUUAGUACUGCGUUGGAUCGUUUACUUGAAGGCGACUAUAAGUGGCGACUACGCCAGCGUAUCCGUGUCGGUAUGGUGAAUCAAGAUGGCUACUGGUAUGAGCUGCCUCGCUACGCUUUGAACGAAGUGUUCAUUGCAGAGAGUGACGCCUCUCGACCGUCACACUACAACAUCGGAAUCGACCAGCACCAGCGUGAAUCCCAUCGUAGCAGUGGCAUUCUCAUGUGCACAGGCACAGGCUCGAGUGCAUGGUACUCCAGUGCGUGCCAAAUCUAUCGAGAACAGGUUGCAACUGUUCUUAGUGCUAUGGAUCACACACACACAAACGAGACAGUGACGGAGCUAACAGAAUCUAUUAACAAGCAGAACGUUUUCCCAGAAGAUUCGCGAGACAUGGGAUAUGUUGUCCGCGAGCCGAUUAUUAAUGCUACGUUCGGCGAUAUCAGGUUUCGACGAGGCAAAGCACGACGAGUAUCCAUGCGGUCUCUCGGAUGGGAUAUGAAAGUCAACAUCGAUGGCAUUUACUCAGUGCCGCUGGAUUACGGCGUCCAGGCAGUCAUGAAGAUUGUUGAUGAGCCAAAAUACGUGCUACGGACCGUGGACUUUUCCCCAUUACCAGGCUCGGCGCCCAAGAAGAGAAUCUUUUAG